ACCCUUUCUCUUUGCAAUCUUCGAAUUUACAAUUUCAUACAUACAUACAUACAUACAUAGAGAGAGAGAGAGAGAACGGGGAGAGAGAUGGCUAGUUCAACACUAAAUCAGAAGCAGCAGCCGUCGACGAUGUCGUACACGGUGGAACAACUCGUCGCCGUCAAUCCUUACAACCCGGACAUCCUUCCCGAUCUCGAAAACUACGUGAAUGAACAGGUCUCUUCACAAACGUACAGUUUGAGUGCAAAUCUCUGCCUUCUUCGUCUCUACCAGUUUGAGCCGGAGAGAAUGAGUACUCAAAUUGUUGCUCGCAUUUUGAUCAAGGCUCUAAUGGCAAUGCCAGCGCCCGAUUUCAGCCUUUGUCUCUUUUUAAUCCCUGAAAGAGUGCAAAUGGAAGAACAGUUUAAGACUCUCAUCGUUCUCUCACACUACCUGGAGACAGCCAGGUUCCGCCAGUUUUGGGACGAAGCAGCUAAGAGUCGUCACAUGGUAGAUGCUGUACCAGGGUUUGAACAAGCAGUUCAGGCUUAUGCGAUUCACGUACUGCAACUGACUUACCAGAGGGUUCCAAGAUCUGUUCUUGCCGAGGCCAUCAACAUUGAAGGUCUGUCUCUGGACAAGUUCAUCGAGCAUCAUGUCACCAACUCGGGCUGGGACAUGGAGAAGAGUCAAGAUAAGGGCCAACUCAUUAUUCUCCCUAGCAACGAAUUCAACCAUCCAGAUCUCAAGAAAAGCACCGUAGAUGGUAUUCCAUUGGAGCAUAUCGCUCGCAUCUUCCCCAUACUUGGCUGAUGAAAUCCAGUAUAUUGUUAUUAUUGAUCAUAGAGUGGCGUGGGAUAACAUUUAAGCCACACCCGAGGGUGAAUAUAGUUUCUGGUCAGAGGCCAAUCGAAAUCUUUCUUAAUUUGCUGUGUGUUGUUGAUUUGGUUUGACAACUUUUGAAUUGUAUCUCCGAGGUCCUUUUAUCUCUAUGGAGAGUUUAUUAGGUGCUUGUAUUCCUUUUGCUUAGUCAAGAAAUACCUACUAACUUAGCGGAUGCUA